UAAUUUGUCGAUACAUUUAAUAAUAUAUUUUUAAAAUCUCAUAUCAUAUAUGAAUUGGUGUCAAAUCAAUAACAGACUAAUAAAAGCAAAUCAAUUCAACAAAACUAAACUAUCAUUCAGUGUGUAUGUGAACAACGGGUAUGUCAUCAGCGGAUGUGACGAAUCCAUACAUAUGAGCAUAAAGUAGUAGAAGAAGUCAUGACGUCCAGCAUCGGUGGUGCAGCAGAUCUCGGAUAUAACAAUAACAACAACAUUAGCAGCCAUAACAUCAUUGACCAGAAUGUGACACACGUCGCGACCGCCAUUACUAAGGCUGCCGUCAGUGCCAUAGCCAACAACAUCAGCAACAACAACAACGACACCACAGAACCGAUCGCCAAUGGCCACUACGAUUGGCCAGCGAGCGGCUCGUGGAUGUUCUCCAAUCGCGAUGUACCCAUACUUAUCGGUGCAGCUGCUGGAGCCAUUGGUCUCAUCGUAAUCCUGUUGUUGGCGGCCCUGAUCUGGCAUUGCUGUCAAUACAUGAAUACACAGAAAACCAGUUACAGUCUUGACGACGGUGGUAGCGAUAGUCAACGUAAUAGUGUCGGCAGUCGGACCUCAAACUUGUAUAUCAAUAAUCCAAUGGAUUCGUCGACUGGACUAAUCAUUGGCCAGAAGAAUAGUAGUGCCAUAACUCGCGAACAAACAUCACUGAAGAGAUCAACGACCGGAUCUUCUAUUAGUCAUAAUAAUAACAUUAGAGAUAACAGUGCACUUCAGACAAAUAAUACUCAAACACCUAUUAUUGAGUCAAUUGAUAGACACGGAAGACACCAACAGUUGACUGUUUGCGACAACUUAUGCGCCGUCGAUAUUGACAAAGAAGAAGAAGAAGACGACGAAGCCGUCAACGAAGAUAACGUCAACGACAAUAGCAGACGACGACGACAACAAUCAGUUGAUACAAAAUCUCUUGAGAUGGAAUUGAAUCAGAAGAAUGAGUCGAUAAAUAAUUAUCAUCAAAGAAGUCAUAUGUAUAUUACAAGUAAACAUAAUAAUACUAAUAUUAAUAAUCAAAUCAAUACUACCGAUGAUAUGAUCUAUAAGUCAAAGAGUCUGCCGUGGAGUCAAUCAAAUAAACAUAAAUCUGUUACCAUCGAUGACGAAGUUCACGAGUUUGGUGCUAAGGUUAACUUCAGUAAGAAGCGAAAGAAUCGGAUGCGCAACGACAGCGCCGCUGCCAUUGCACUGAACCGAAGCGGAGGAACCGAUACCAACAUAAUUAAGACAUCGUUAAGACAUUCGCAUAAAGACACCGACACUCUGGUAGAUAAUGAAGCCGUUGUUGUCUACGAUGAAAGAACUGCCUUAUAGUGUUGGGGAACGACAACAAAAUAUCAAUAAUUUAAUUGUAAAUUAUCCUAACAGUCCUUAUUUUGUGUGGUAUAAUAAU